AUGAAACACCCGCGACAGUUCAUAGUCCAGCUUGCAAUGGCACAAAGCCUCUUCGGAUACUUAGCAGUCACCCAUGUACCCCUUAUGUUAGAGCUGUGCAGAAUAAUUAACGUUCAAAAAUCUUCAGGAUGCGAGCUUCUCGACAAAGCACGGAGAGCCGGAAACCUAGAGCAGAUGCAUAUUUCACCCGUCUCGGCAUAUAUCAGAGGGGUCGAGAACCUCCUUGACGGGCUUCCGGCAAACAUAACAGCCGACGAAGUCAGGUUCAUUCAAAUGAAGCUCCCUGAGAAGUUAAGAGAUCCGCCAGACAAAAUGGAAGCAACUCGUGUACGGGAUGGCCUCGCAACAAACAACGGCCAUGGUGUCCGGGAGGAUGGUCGUCACUGCAAGUCACCGUCUCUUUGCGCUUGGUUUCGUCAGUCGCAGAUUGCGAAGCAGGCGGUCAAAGCCAUGCUAACUGCGAGUGCGGUCGUCACGGCAAAGCUGCGAGAAGGACUGGAGUUUGUGGGAUCUAAACUGGCGAAGACGGGCCUCUUCGAAGCAUUAGUCAAUAUGUGA